AUGCCUAAGAUAAAACGCGAAUUACCUCCUUUGGGUAAAGAAUUUGGAAAAAGCGAUCUCGAUAGAAUUGGAUAUUUUCACGAACCACGCGUGUCGCCUUUCGACAAAUACAAAGGAGUUCCUGUUAAGUUUCGCGAAGGUAUCGAGAAAGGGCGUCAAAUGAUUGCUGGGCCACCACUUAAACUGUUUGAAGAGAAAUUUAUGAGAAUUUUCGAGGGAGAAGCAUUAAGCCAACCUGAUACAUCGACCGUUUCGCAGCUUGUACCGGUCAAACGUGUUAUAUGGCCAUCAGCCCCUGCCAAGAAGCAUUCGACACCUGGUGAUUACUAUGGGUGUUUCGAGAAAAUCUCUUACUUCAGCCCCGCGUUGAUAAAGCCAAAGAAACCGAGACCCGAAUUACCAAAUGUGAGAAUCAAACCUAAUCCUCGAGGUGGUCCAGGAUAUGCUAACAUUUGUCUCAGCCCGUUUCCAGCUUAUUCUCCUGAACCUUAUGAUCCACCAGACAAGAAACCUAAAGGUAAUGACACUGCGUGUUUAUUUCAAUUUAGGAAGACUCAUAUUAUGCGAUUUAUUUUCAAGUAAUUAUUAUUUCAAUU